CCGCCCGCCGGGCCGCCGCCAGCAGCACCCUGGGCGCCGCCAUCUUGGAUCCGGCACCGGAAGCGGGCCCUCCACAAACCGGAAAGGGGCGGGGCUAGCCGGCUCCCUCCGUCCCGCCUCUCCGCUCUCCGAUUGGCCGGUGGGAACGCCAAUCUCCCGAAGCACUCUGCGAUUGGCUGCGCUCUGCCCGACGUGCAGAUGAUUGGCAGGGGGCGGGUCUCGUGGCGAGCGGUGGGAGCUGUGCGGCCCCGUGCCCCCUCGAGGAGCGUCGCCCAGGCCCCCUGCUCCCGCGCCACGUCGUUCGCCCAGGGGCUCGGCAUGCGGAGCGGCAGCGGGUGAGGAGUUGCAGGUCCUCUAGCCAGCCUCACCAUGUUCAGCAAGAAGAAGAAACGCAUCGAGAUCUCGGCUCCCUCCAACUUCGAGCACCGCGUCCACACGGGCUACGACCAGCAGGAGCAGAAGUUCACGGGGCUGCCGCGGCAAUGGCAGGGCAUCAUCGAGGAGUCGGCCAAGCGGCCCAAGCCACUGGUGGACCCCGUGUGCAUCACCGCCAUCCAGCACGGCUCGCAGAAGACCAUCGUGCGGGGCACCAAAGCCGCCAAGGACGGCUCCCUGACCUGGCUGCUGGACGAGUUUGAGAACAUGUCCGUGUCCCGUUCCAAUUCUCUGCGCAGGGACAGCCCCCCCUUCCCGCCCCGCCGCGACCAGCUCUACCAGGAGAACGGCCUCUCCGAGGGCCCGGCCGCAGCCCGCCCGCACGAGGACGCCGGCCGGAGCAAGGACAAGAAGCUCCACGGGGCCCGCGGCGAGCUAGAGCAGGGCAAGGAGAGACCCCGGGACAGGGAGGAGCAGCGCGCCCACCCGCAGCAGCCCCGCGGCCAGGAGCCCGGCCCCAAGGGCGCUGCCCCCGCCAGCGGCCGCCCACCCCCGCCCGAGUACCCCAAGCCCCCCGAGCGGGACGGCUGGCGGGACGGCCCCGCCGACAGGGACUGCAGCGAGCCGGCCGAGCGCGUGGUGCGGCGGGAGCGCGCGGAGCCCUCCGACAGGCGCCCCAAGUCCACCUACACCGGCGAGACCAGCCCGCAGUCCCCCCGCGACAAGCGCCCGCUCUCGGGGCCCAAUAUCCGGACUCCCAACAUCCCCGUGUCUGAAGGGGUGAUGAAGACGGCUCAGCAGACGGGACGGCCUUUUAAUACCUACCCGCGGGCCGAGACCGAUCCCGUCAGGGGCGCAGGUUCACAGGCAGAGCACCGGCCGGGACGACCACAGGAGGUGGCAUCAAACGGGCCGGUGAGCAGCACCACCGGCUCCUCCCGCGCCCACCCGCCCGGCCCGCCGCGCUCCAAAGGCCCCGAGCCCCCCGCCGGCCUCACCCCGCAUGCCUCUGACCCCCACCUCGCUCGCCAGCCCCCUCCCGGCCCCCCGCUGCCCACCGCCGCCCCGCAGCAGCCCCGCUCGCCGCAGCGGGAGCCCCAGCGUGUCUCCCACGAGCAGUUCCGGGCGGCCCUGCAGAUGGUGGUGGACCCCGGGGACCCCCGCACCUACCUGGACAACUUCAUCAAGAUCGGCGAGGGCUCCACCGGCAUCGUCUGCAUCGCCACCAUCAAGAGCACCGGCAAGCUGGUGGCCGUGAAGAAGAUGGACCUGCGCAAGCAGCAGCGGCGCGAGCUGCUCUUUAACGAGGUGGUGAUCAUGCGGGACUACCAGCACGAGAACGUGGUGGAGAUGUACAACAGCUACCUGGUGGGUGACGAGCUCUGGGUGGUGAUGGAGUUCCUGGAGGGCGGCGCACUCACCGACAUCGUCACGCACACCAGGAUGAACGAGGAGCAGAUCGCGGCCGUCUGCUUGGCCGUGCUCAAGGCCCUGUCCGUCCUGCACGCGCAGGGCGUCAUCCACCGCGACAUCAAGAGCGACUCCAUUCUGCUGACGCACGACGGCAGGGUGAAACUCUCCGAUUUUGGGUUUUGCGCCCAAGUGAACAAGGAGGUGCCACGGCGCAAGUCGCUGGUGGGGACCCCGUACUGGAUGGCGCCGGAGCUCAUCUCCCGCUUGCCCUACGGCCCCGAGGUGGAUAUCUGGUCCCUGGGCGUGAUGGUUAUCGAGAUGGUCGACGGGGAGCCGCCGUACUUUAACGAGCCGCCCCUAAAGGCCAUGAAGAUGAUCCGAGACAAUCUGCCCCCCAAGCUCAAAAACAUGCACAAGGUUUCCCCCUCUCUCAAAGGCUUCCUCGACCGCAUGCUGGUGCGGGAUCCGGUGCAGCGGGCCACGGCCAACGAACUCUUGAAGCACCCCUUCUUGGGCAAGGCGGGCCCCCCCUCCUGCAUCGUGCCCCUCAUGCGCCAGAACCGCAUGCGGUGAGGGGCCGGCAGCCGCCCCGGCGCCAUCCUCGCUCUCGCCUCAAACUGGAUUUGUGACUGUGCCACUACUGGGGGGGGGCAGCCGGGGGGGCCCGGCCCUCCCGCACCGUACUACUGAGUCGGGGAGGGGGGAAAGUUGGUGAUGGCGGCUCCGCGUGGGGACAGCAGUGAGGCCACGCUGUGAUGCUGGCCCUGUCCCCCUCUUCCCCGCAGGUUUGUGGGGCCGGGGGCUUAUCCCGACUGCACCAGCCCCUGCGUCGUUCCCACCCUGGGGGGGAGCCUUUUGGGGCAUCUCAACAACACCCCCCCUUUUCUUUUUUUCCUUUUAAAUCCUCUUUCUAUCCCCAUCUGGCCCUGGGGUCAGGCCACCUGCACCCCCGUGGGAGGGACGUGUCCCCACAGCCCCAACACUACAGCCCCACGGCCACACUACUGAUUUGGGCCGGCCCCCCCCCCUCCACCCCACCACUUUUUUUUGUUUUAUUUUUUUUUUUAACAAAAGCUAUUUAUAUUGUCGUUUUGUAAUGCCGCAGUAUUGGGGUGCCCCAGGGCCGCCACGGGGCCCCCUGGAGAUUACACGUGUCCUUUUGGAGAGCGCCAUGUCCCCCUGUGCUUUUUUGGGGAGGGGGGUGGGCUGCAUGCGGGGGACACGGUCACAGACGUGCAGGGGGUGCCCGUGCCCUGCAGACAGCGGCGCCCUGCUUGGGGAGGAGGAGGUAAUAUGGGGGGGUGGCCAUGGGGACCCUUCUCCCUGAAGGACACCGCUGCUCCCCACACCCCACCUCCCCUCCCCAAUAAAGCACCUGCCAGGCUGGAGCUGUA